CAACAAGUAGACUUCUAUAUUUAAAGGUUGCUGAGAAUCAACUUGGGGUAGUUUUAGAGAGUAGGCAAAUCAAGUGUCGAAGUCUGGUGCGCAAAACGUUGUUUUCUAACAGGGCAAAUUGACCUGAUCGCAAUGCUACCAGCUCGCUGGCGAGGGAAGAGCGCUCCCUUUCUCCCAGCCCAGUGGAUUGUAGCAAAUUCUAUUGUGAUGCUAAAGUAGUGUCGGAGGAGGAAGAGGGGCUGACAAACGAUCAAAAGUGAAUCUAUCUACAUGUUCAGUAAACGUGACUAUUUUUUUGUCGUUUGUUCUAUCCAUUUAAUGUUAUUUUGUGGGCUGUUUAAUUCUCAUCACUUGUUGCUGACUGUUGGAACGAAAGUGAACUUGUUUAAACUAGACUGCCGUUAGAUUGGCAAACCAUGUUUCAUUUGCUGACUUAAUAUUCGGUGAUGCUAGGAAAUGAUUUAUCCUUCAGGAGUGGACUUUACCCUCUUGCUAUGCUCUUCGGGAAGACUUUAAGAAAAGGAGAAGAUAAAAAUCGGUUCUUCCAUCUUAUCGGCUUCAUUUCCCCUAUGCAGUGGGUCUGUUGGACUGAAUAGGACCGAGCCACCAGGCUAGGCUACCUCGGCGGUGCUAGUGAUUAUGGAUAGCAGUCUCCCCAGCUACAGCACAGUCAUACACCGAGGAAAGGCGCUGCUUCUGGAGGCUCGGCUCCUGGGUGGGGCACCCUGGGGGUUUCAGCUCAAAGGAGGUCUGGAACAUGGAGAGGAGUUAAUCAUCUCAAAGGUUGAGGGAGGUGGGAAGGCAGAUCUGUUGGAACACCCUCUGUUGCCAGGGGACCAGGUGGUUGUCAUUAACGACGUGGAACUCAGUGGAUUCAGGCAGGAAGCCGUCUCAUUGGUCAAAGGAUCCUACAAGACUCUCCGACUCACUGUCCGCAGGGAGUGCUGCCCAGGCUCAUGCUGUGGUGACCCCACCCUCACCCCACCGACCCUGCCCAACCUCACCCCCCUACCCAUCGGCCCUCCCUCGGACCACCACACCCCCCUCUCCUCCGUUCACGGCCCCCCCAGAGAAAAUCGAGGAGGAUGUUCUGGAGGAGUUAAACUACGCAUCAAAAACAGACGCAGCGAGCCUGUCUCCAGACCUCACUCGUGGCACGCCACCAAGCUAGGCGAGGGCCAGCCAGACCCCAGCAUGAUGCAAAUAUCCCAGGACCCUCCUUGGCAUCACACCUACCCCUCCAGUGUGUCUACUACAGACCUGUCGGGCUACGACCCAGGUUACCUGAGGAAGAGUCCAGACCAGUACAGUUCUAGAGGAAGUAUGGAGAGCCUUGGGGAGCACCACGGCCACCCAGCCUACAGCUCUUCCUGCCACCAGCUGUCUGCCUCCAAGUCCUCCAACAGCAUGGACCACCUUCACAGCAAGAGAGACUCAGCCUACUCCUCCUUCUCCACCAGCUCUAGUAUCCCAGAGUACCUUGCGGCCGCUCCGACCUUUGGUAAAGAGAGAUCGUACUCCAUGGAGACGGUUCCACAGAGGGGCGGGAUUAGUGGAGGGGGCGGGGCCGGGGCGGAGGGAAUGCAGCAAGCUGACAUCCGAUAUGUCCGUACGGUCUACGACCCCCAGCAGGGCGGUGCUCAGGAGCACGAGGUUAGCUCCGCCUCUGCUGCGUUGCUACGCAGCCACGAGACUGGCAGGGCGGGGUCUUGUAGUGUGGGCGGGGCCGCCUGUUACCGCGCCACCAGUAGCAGUAGUAACAGCAGUGGCGGAAGCAGCGGUGGUGGUAACCAUGGUAAUAACCCCAACCGUCACAGUGUUGGGCCCAUUUGGGGUCAGAGCGCCAGCCGCAGUUCCUACGAGAGCCUGAAGGGGGCGCCGGCUCCUCCCAUGCGGAGCGACAGCUACGCGGCUAUCAGGAACCAUGAGAGACCAAACUCGUGGUCCAGCCUGGAUCAGGCUCGCUCCCUCAGGGCUCUCCACAAGGGGUCCACCUCCUCCUGGUACCACUCCUCUGGCUCCGUGGCCUCCGGCUCGGGGAAGGGCUCCUACGGGGCCGAGGGCCAGCUCCACACCGUCAUAGAGAAGAGUCCUGAGAGCAGCCCCACCACCAAGCCCAAACAGGGUGUGGGUCAGGGCUUCCCGCCGCCCCCCGAGCCCCAGCAAACAUCCACCCAGUCUGGCUGCCUCAUGCUGCCCCAGGGCAUCUACCCUGUACCCCCACCGGAGCCCCACUAUGCCCAGAUGCCCACCAGCAGCCCCAACCCCAGCAGCAUGUACCCAGCCCUGGCCAGGGAGAGCAGUCUGAGCAGACAGAGAGAGCUCCAGGGGUUAAGGCUGGGGGUCAGUGUGGAUACAGGGAUGGCGGUAGUGGUGGAGAAUGGAUACCAAAGAAACCCCUCUAUAUCCUCCUAUGUCACUUCCUCUGGCCAGCCUCAGCAACCUGACUUUGCUCAGCCUCCACCCAAACAGCCAGCUCAUCCAACCCAACCCACAGACAGAGUGGGGGGAAAGUCAGGGUACGAGGAGACCCAAACUAAACUGGGUCUCUACAGGUCUCAUCUGAAGGGAGAGGGACAGACCGUAUCCCAAAGGCAGAGCCAGAGGAGCCAAGGACAGGGACAGGGUCAGAGCCAGGGUCAGGAUCAGGGACAGGGUCAGAACCAGGGACAGGAUCAGAGCCAGGGUCAAGGACAGGGUCAGAGCCAGGGUCAGAGCCAAGGCCAGGGACAGGGACAGGGUCAGAGCCAAGGCCAGGGACAGGGACAGGGUCAGAACCAGGGUCAAGGACAGGGUCAGAGCCAGGGACAGGGUCAGAUCCAAGGCCAGGGACAGGGUCAGAGCCAAAGUCAGGGUCAGAGCCAGGGUCAGAGCCAAGGCCAGGGUCAGAGCCAAGGCCAGGGUCAGAGCCAAGGCCAGGGACUGGGUCAGAGUCAAGGCCAGGGUCAGGCAUCCAGACCCUCCUCAGUCCAGUCUAUAGGCCAGUCUAUAGGCCAGUCUAUAGGCCAGGAGAGAAGGGACCCAUACACGCCAGUCCAACCGCGGGGAGAGAGGCUACCCAGGUACUCCCAGGGCUCAGAGAGCUGCCCUGAGCACCACCGACAGGGCCAGGUCAGGGAGGAAGGGCAGGUCAGACACACAGAGCCCAGGCCCCACGCUACUCACCCUGUUCCCCAGGGGAGCAACAGCAGUAGUACCCCAGCACAGGUGUCUGACCAGCGGGUAGAGCAGAGGACCCAGGGGCCUGACCAGCAGGUGGAGCAGAGGGCCCAGGGGCCUGACCAGCAGGUGGAGCAGAGGGCCCAGGGGCCUGACCAGCAGGUGGAGCAGAGGGCCCAGGGGCCUGACCAACAGGUAGAGCAGAGGGCCCAGGGGCCUGACCAACAGGUAGAGCAGAGGGCCCAGGGGCCUGACCAACAGGUAGAGCAGAGGGCCCAGGGGCCUGACCAGCAGGUGGAGCAGAGGGCCCAGGUGUCUGACCAGCGGGUAGAGCAGAGGGCCCAGGGGCCAAACCUUCAGGUCAAUGACCAUAGAUCCAGGUCCCCCCUCUGGUACUACAGCGAUCCAAUUCCCCCCCAACCGCAGAGGGACCAGAGGGGACCAGAGCAUCCCCUGACCCAGCUGCAGAACGUCCUAGCAGAUGUCCAGCGUUGUGACAGUCCAGAGAGCUCCGCCAACAGCCAGAGUAGUCACCAGAGGAGCCUCUCUGUUCUGGAGAAAGUGAACCGCUUCGAGGGCCGCGAGCAGAGCCAUAGGCAGGGGAAGCAGAGGAGUAAAAGCACCAGCGCCAACCACACCAACCCGAGGCCCUGCUCCUCCCGUCCAACCCAGCCCCAGUCUCAGCCCCAGUCUGAGCCCCAGUCUCAUCCCCAGCACCAUGAGAGGGCUGGUAUGGAUGACCUGCGUAGCACGCUGGAGAGAACUAGCAGCCCCAGCAGCACCUGCAGAACACUGAGCUCCUCCUCUAGCUCACAUCAUGGGAAAACAACGGUGGCCCACGAGGGUCAUCAUUACGCAGAGCUGCAGAGGCCAGGGAGUUGUGACCAGACCCAGAGCUCCAGGUACCCCCAUCACCACCACCCUAAUCCCCAGGACCCUCACCCUGGCUCGGCCCUGCAGAGGAGCAGGAGCACCUUCCAACUGGGUAGCCAGGAGGGCCACGACAGAGACAGGGAUGGGGACAGAGAGUUCCAUUGGAGGGAUGACCUGCAGGACCUACUGGGGACCAUCCAGGACACGUCUUUUAACCGGGCCUACAGAAACAGUAUCAAGGACGCCCAGUCCAAGGUGCUCAGAUCCACCUCCUUCAGACGCAGGGAUCUGGGAAUUAGCGUCAACAACCACUCCCCUCCCAUCCCCGCCAAGCACUUAUCUCUGGAGAGGAAGGGACCUAAGACCAGCCCCAAACCCUCCAUUGUCUCCACUACUGUCCAAGCCUCCAACCGAGCCCUUGCCCUAGCUACCUCCACUCACACCCCCAAAGAAAGGCUUACGGUCACUGUCCCAGACCCAGUCCCAAUCCCAGCCCCAGCCACCUUUCCCUCGCCUCACACCCCUAAAGAAAGGCUUACGGUCACUGUCCCAGACCCAAUCCCAGCCCCAGCCACCUUUCCCUCGCCUCACACCCCCAAAGAGAGGCACGUUGUCACCCCAGAGCCCGAUAGGUUCGGUCCCCCAGAGCUCCUCAGCGUCCUGGCCAUGGGCCCACCAGUCCCGGCCCGUAUCGGUGGGCGUAAGCGACUCACCAUGGAGAAGAAGAAGAGGUCCUACUCCGAGCCUGAGAACAUGCAUGAGGUGGGGUUGGAGUCUGACCCAAAGAGGACUAGCCAGCACCAGCUGUUCCUUUUACCAGGUACAGAGACCAGCGUGGCGGACCGCAGGAGGAUGUUUGAGAUGGCUGCCAGUCGCAGCCUGAGCUCCAGCUCCCAGGCUCCCCAGCGCCUCCAGGGCUCCCAGGCUCCCCAGGGCCUCCAGGGCUCCCAGGCUAGUCUAGCCGUGUCCCGGCCGGAGCUCCGGCAGCUGCAGCAGGACGCCCUGGCCGACUACAUGGAGAGGAAGAAAAGUUGGAGGACAGACAGGGAUAGGGACAGGUCAGAGGGAGGGCGCGCCCACCGUGACCGCCCUCACAGCACCUACCUGCAGCCCUUUACAGACACCCGGAGUGUUUCUUCAACCUCCACCACCAGCCUAGCCUCUCUUCAGGAGCCUCUUGGUCAAGACAGCAGUCUCUCUGGUGGGGGAAGGCUCUGCUCCACCCUGCCUCCUGGCCUCCAGGGCUUCUAUCCAGGCAGGGUCACUGCACCACGCAUCCAGGCCAAGGCCCCAGCCUCAAUCUCCACCACCCACCCAGACACCUCGGGAUUCCACAGGCUACUGGAGGGAGAGCUGCCCAGAUCCAGCCUUGGUAGAGAAGAACCAGCCCAGGACUAUGAGGCACUCCAAAGCCAGGAGUUUUUCCUGCAAGGCAAUGGAGCCUUUGAGAGGGCAGUUCCAGCCCGGAACUCUGGCAAGUCAGCCUCUGCGGAGGACCUGCUGGAGCGCUCUGAGAGGCCUGCACCCCAGCACUUCAGAUCUCGCUCCUCACCAUCUGGCGAGAGGCUAAAUCAGGACUUCAUGGCAGGAGGAGAUCUGAGGAUGUAUGGGAUAUUCUCUACCGAGCCCAGGCUUUUCACAAACAACGACAACAACAGGUCCAUGGACAACCAGCAUCCUGACAGACCGGUCUCUGCCUCCCAGUCCAUGUCCCAGUCCCAGUGUGCAGACACCCACUUACUACUGACCCAAAGCCCGUUCCAAAGCAACACCCCUGUGAUGAGGAGAGAUAGACUGAAGAACCCCGACCGCCAGCGGGCCCUUAGUGCCUCCAGCCUGGCUGCCUCUGUAGGUCUCCCCUGCCCCUUCUCCCCCCCAGGCACCAGCCCUACUAUCAGCUUGGACUGGCAGGCCAAUGAGAGGUUGAGCCAGGCCAACCUGGAUGCCAUAGCCUUCCCAACCCUGCUGCAGACCGCCACACUCGGGACCAUGUCCCCAGAGGCCCAGGUUCACCCAGAGGUCAGAAGAAGCCCCACAGAACAUCUACAGCAGGCCAUGGCCCAGGGCCAGAACCAGGGCUCCUUAGACACCAGCACCUCAGAGGAGGAGACCCUGAAAGACUUCCCCAGACAGAAAGAGGGGCCCUGCCCUCAAGCUUCAGCCGUUACACCAAAGACCAAUCCACCCCUCGUCCUACCCAAAGCCUCCCCACCACCACCCCCAUUUAAAACCUCUCACAGACCACACACCCUGCUCUCCCUCCGCAUCUCAGAGUCCACUCUGCAAGAGACCUCACCCCUACAAGUAGCUCCACACCUAGCCCCUCCCACAGUCUCACUACAGGACUAUGACGAGGUAUUCCUCCAGGAACCGGCCCCUCCCUCCCCUAUUCCUCCCCCGCUCCCAAUCAGGGAGACGGACAUCACAGAGUACUUCCCCCCGCCGCCUCCCCCUCUCCUGCCCCCCUCCUCACUCCCAGACAGAGAGGAGAAGGAGGAGGAGAAUCAUCAUGGACCUGGGCUCCAGCACCUCAACAGCUGUGAGUUCCCAUUUCUCCCCUCCUCCUACCGUCAGACAGUCCCCCCCUCUAUCCCCCUGUCUGUCUCUCCGAGGCCAAGCCUUACCCCUGAGCCCCAGCCUGAGACCCCCACCACCCUCAGCAGCAGUUUCCCAGAGCCCCAGCAGGGGCCUAGCGGUGAGGAAAGCCUGGGGCAAGAGUACCAUCUCCCGGCCAGGAGGGAGAGGUCUGCUGGGGAGCUGAGGGUGGAGGCCCUGGCCAGACAGCUGGUGUCCCGGGGGGAUAAGAGCCUGACCCCGAUGCUGGACAGCUGGGCAGAGGGCGGACGGACCAUGGACCUAAUGGAGGAGAUCUUCCCCGCGGGGGGAGGGAGGUUGCUGUGGCAACGCCGCAGGACCAGCACCUGUCUGGAGGACAGAAGUCAAGAUGGUGUCUGUUCUAUAGGACCCAAUCUGCUGCAGAGAACAGAGGGAGGAGGAGGAAGAGGAGGCGAGGUGGACACAGAUCUGGAUGAGGAUGAGACAGACUUCAAUCAGAAGAAGGUGGAGCUACUCCAGGCCCUGACUCUGAGCAUUACCUCCUUGCGAGAGGAGAAGGAGGUUCUGGCGGAGGAGCAGAAGAGGUUCCGGGCCCUAGGGGGCCAAAUGGAGAGCCUGGUUCAGGAGCACUGUAAGCCCAACGAGAGGGAGAAGUACAAGAUGCUCAUCGGGGACAUGGAUAAGAUAGUCAACCUUCUGCUGUCUCUGUGUGGCCGGCUGGCCCGGGUCCAUAACGCUCUCUCUGCCCUGGACAGAGAGGAGGAGACAGAGGACAGCCAAGAGGAAAGGGAGUCCUUACAGCAGAAACGCAGACAGCUGUGUAGUCAGCACGAGGAUGCCAGGGAGCUGAAGGAGAAUCUGGACCGGCGGGAGCGUGUGGUACUGGACAUCCUGGGUGGGUACCUGACUGGGCCGCAGCUUAGAGACUACCAGCAUUUCGUCUGUAUGAAACCAGCCCUGCUGAUCCGCCAGAGACACCUGGAUGAGCUCCUUAAGCAGUGGGAUGAACAGCUCAGCAGGCUGGCUGAGAGUAUCUCUCCAGGGGAUCAUCAGGCCCAGCCCCGCUCACCUAUCCCUGGGUUGAACCCCAGCCUCGGCUCUAACCUUAGAGCUCCCAGCCCUAACCUUAGAGCUCCCAGCCCUAACCUUAGAGCUCCCAGCCCUAACCUUAGAGCUCCCAGCCCUAACCUUAGAGCUCCCAGCCCUAACCUUAGAGCUCCCAGCCCUAACCUUGGUCCUACCCAAACAGUCCGCUCCACCACUGUGACAUCACUGUGACAUCACCCCAACAACAACACUGCUCCUGGUCACUCCUACAGUUGCUGUGUCUCUGACUCAGUGGGAGGAGCACCAUGAGUCUGGCGAGUAAGAUACAACAGUACUUGGUUGAAGAGAGAGAUACAGUUCAUCCAGUUCUGCUCUAUAUGAAGCAGGAAGGAUGUCUGUCGGUCUGUCCCCUUGUUGCAGACAGACAGGCAGACAGACAGACAGACAGGCAGAUAGACAGACAAGCAGACAGACAGGCAGACUGCAUUCAGACAGACAGGCAGACUGCAUUCAGACAGACAGGCAGACAGACUGCAUUCAGACAGACUGCAUUCAGAGAGACAGGCAGACAGACUGCAUUCAGACAGGUUGCAUUCAGACAGACUGCAUUCAGACAGACAGGCAGACAGACUGCAUUCAGACAGACAGGCAGACAGACUGCAUUCAGAGAGACAGGCAGACAGACUGCAUUCAGACAGACUGCGUUCAGACAGACUGCAUUCAGACAGACUGCAUUCAGAGAGACAGGCAGACAGACUGCAUUCAGACAGGUUACAUUCAGACAGACUGCAUUCAGACAGACAGACAGGCAGACAGACUGCAUUCAGAGAGACAGGCAGACAGACUGCAUUCAGACAGACUGCGUUCAGACAGACUGCAUUCAGACAGACUGCAUUCAUGAUCGAUGCAUUCUUGUGCCUCUAUUUAUGCUUCCUAUGUUACUCAAGCUUUUUCACAUAUCUGUAUUCUGACUGGCCACUCAGCAUGUCUUUGGUUGAUUCAAUACACUGUUGAGGUACCUAGUUGUAUUCAUACGAGUGGAUCAAAGCUUUGAGAGUAACGAUGGUGGAUGUACAACUUCCUGUCAAGAAAUGUUGUUCCCCAUAUAUUUAUAACAUUACUACUGCCUUUACAUUUGUAUAUCACUACAGCUGAGCACUUUUUUGGGGGCAGUUUAACUACUGAUUGGUCAGAAUGGUCAGAAUCACAGAACUAGAAUGGCUUCUAUUUCUCAUUCUGUUCCUAUUGGUCAGGAGGAACCAGACCUGAAAUGUUCAAAUCAAAUCAAAUAGGCCUGUUUUCUUGACCAACAUAAUAGCACGCUCUCACACAUAUUAAUAUGUAGUCACAAUCUAAGGCAAUAUUAUGCUUCAAACACUUCUAAUUCAGACUCGAAAAUGAUAGUUUGUGAUAAAAGCUACCAUGACAUUGACAACAACUGCUAUAAUUAUUUAUAUUAUUCAACAACAACAAAAACAUUUUAUAUUUUAAAACAAAUGUGAUUUCUUUCAGAGAAGGCAAGAUGAUGUCACGAUGAUGUAAUGUUCUAGAAUUUGUGAAUUCAACUAAACUUUUCACCAUGUCAUUGGAAUUAGGUUAAAAGUUGGGUGAAAAAACGAGACUAAAUAUCCUUUUGUUGAUGACUUUUUGCGAAUCUAAUCUGUUUUCUACGUUGAUUCAACAUCAUCACAUUGAUUUGUUGGGUUGAAAUUACGUGGAAACAACCUUGAUUCAACCCGUUUUUGCCCAGUGGGAAGUGUGUUGAAGUGUGUGUGUGUGUGUGUGUAGUGUCAGCGUGAGUGUAGAGUCCUGUGACUCCUUGCUUGUUUUCCCUCCCAAAAUGUACUAUGCCAAUUGAUAUUGUUGUCUUCUUUUGAGAGAAAAAGCAUCUACAUAUUAUCCUAAUUUGAGUCAAAUAUACUGUAUCAGGCACAUAUUCAUGUUACCAUUUUCACCAAUAAUGGUGCCAUCCAUAUUUUUCUUCAUAGCUUUUCAGAAGCAUAACCGAAUUCUCAGAUUUGACAGAUUUUCCUAAACAAAAUUCCAUGUAUCAAUCGUGCUUUACGAAGCGUAGGAGAAGGGAGGCUGAUUGGAAAAAAGAUCCUUGUUUUACAAAUAAAUCUAUUUUUUAAACAGA